AUGUCUCUCAGUCAGGUGAUGGUGGAGGACAUUCCCCACCCUCCAGAAUCGUCACAGUCACUUGUGGUGGCAACAUCUGAGAGUGCUCAUCAGAAGCGGAAAAUUGCUGCUUUAGAGGAAAAACUACAGAUACUGGAGUCGGGGCAUGUGGUCAAACAAAGGGAGACAAACUACUACAUGUCGGAAGGAAGAGCCAUCAGACACAUUGUUACAUUAUUUGAUAACAUCAAAGACUUAGUAAUAUGCGAGAAUGAUAGAUGGUGCAAUAUGGAUGACAAGGAUGAAGAUAUGACUGUCGAUCAAAAUUGUUUGCAAACCGGUUAUAUAACACUUAAUCAUGCCCUGUCAUGGUUUCACUUCAAGGCUUCAGACAUGGAGUAUGAUGAUUACUCAUAUAUGCUCAAAAAGGGAGCUGAUGCUGCUCGAGGGGAUGACACUUCGAAGUUGAAGAGCCUCAUUGCCGAUUGGAUCAAUCGUGAAUUGAAGCCAGAUUCCCUCGUCGACCCCAAGGACAAAUACUACCAUGGCAUCAGAGCAGGAAUCAGGGAUCGUGCAGAAGGCUAUGUCAUAACAGAGAUGUCCUGGCCAGCGUUUCUGUAUGAAAAAUACACAGCAGAUCAGGACAAUCUGGAGCAAGGCCUCUUCAAAAGCAUUCUUUCACUUCAGGUUUUCAAAGCAAUAUUCACAUCACCCUCCUCUGCAAGGGAGGUUGUGAUGCUGCCAAUGUAA